CACCAAAAUAAACUGCAUUUUAAGGAACCACCAGCAAGAAGUUUUGUCCGCAGGUCAAGUCAACCAUUACCAGUUACAGCAGGAAAUGAAAACACCAUUUCUUCGCAAACGAGAACGGAAGAACUUCAUCGUCCACAAAGAAAUGACAUGGUCAGAGAAAGAAAAACAUCUAAUAGAACAGACGUACUCUCACAUAGGGCAGGAAGACAACAAAAUCGACCAGGAAGAAGACGGAACAUUUUCUUAAUAACAUUAGAAGCAAAAGACACGUCGAAAAGAGCUCAAGUUCACGUAAUGAGUGAUAUGAUAACCGAUUCACUCAAUCAAAUGAUGGACGAAAUCAACAAAAAGUCAACGGAAGAAGAUAUCAGUGAUAUUCAAAGCAGUUUUGAAUUGUACGUUGAUGGAAUCACAUCUGAUGACGAGAAAGAGUCUGCCAUGCAUUUGCUUGAAAGAAUGAAAAAUUUUAUUCCCAAAUAUGCAGGGAUGAAUCCAGAAAAGAAGAUUGCGAUUCUAAAUAAAUUUGUAACGUUUAUAUCAACCCUCCGAAAAAAUUACAAGCUUAGCGAUAUGUAUAUUUUGUAUGGAAGUAUGUUAAUGAGCAUGACAUUUGCAACAGAAGAUGGAUACAAUCACUUCAUAGAUGACUCAAAGAAAGGGAAAGUAAAUCAAUACUUGAUGGUAUUUUUUUAUGAUCCAGAUAUCCUGUCAGCAGUUGGUCUUGUAAAAGAUGACAUCUCAGUUUCUAUUACAGAUUUAAGCAGCGUUGGCCAUGGCCUUGAAAAUGAAGACAAAACUUCAUUCGACUUGAAAGGGACAACUGCAGACUUUUCUCACCUAGAUAUGAAAGAUGAAACAGAAGAGGAAAUGCGAGUACUUUUGAUCGGAAAGACUGGUGUAGGAAAAAGCAGGACAGGAAAACGGUUGAUGGUCGUUGAUUCGCCUGGAUUUUGUGACUUGACAAUGAGUGAAGAAGAUAUUGAUAGAGAACUGCAAAGGUGCGUAGAGUAUACCGCUCCAGGAUUACACGCCUUUAUACUUGUUACCGAAAUAGGUAGAUUUACUAAUGAUGAUCAAUUUGUUUUGCAAAAAUGCAAAGAAAAGUUUGGAGAUCAUUUAGAAGAGCAUUUGAUUAUUCUAUUUACCCAAUGUGAUGAUAUUGAAAGAGAAGGGAGUUCGAUCGACAGGUUUCUAGCAAAAGGCGAUGAAAAACUCCUGAAUAUUCUUAAAAAGGCAAAGUACAGAUACAUUACUUUAAAUAACAAUGCUCCAGUAGACCAAAAGCAAAGAAAAGUAUCAGUAUUAACAUUCAUGGUACAGUGUUUGAUGGAAGAAAGGAAAGGUCAGUGUUUUACCAAUAGAAUGUAUCAAGAAGUAGAGGAAGCUUACCAAAAGAAAAAGAAGAUGGAAGCAGAAGAAAUGAAAAGGAAAGAAGAGGAAGAAAAAGAAAAACAUUUCCAGGAAAUAAGAAGACAGGAAGCUGCCUUAAAGGAGAAAAGAGACUUAUUUGAAAAAAAGAAAGCCGAAGCUGAGGCAGCCAGAAUUACCAACAUGAAACUACUUGAAGAAAAGUAUGAAAAAGAGAAAAAAGAACAUGAAAAUAAUAUUAGAGAAUGUAAGGAAGAAUUCGAAAGAGAAAAAUUGGAGCGCAUAAUGUUAAACCUGCAAGAUGAAUAUCAGAGAGAAAUACGUUUUCUAAAAAAAAGUAACGACCAAAAAAAGAGGAACCUGGAAGAAAGACUUCAGCAAAAAGAAAGAGAGUUUCGACAGGAAAGAGAAGAAAUGCAACUUAAACUUCAGUCCAUGAUGGCCGAAAUGAGAGAUAUGCACAAAAAGGAACUUAAACAGUUCCGUGAGUCAUACAGAGAAACAGUGAGCAAACCUCCGUCAAGUGGAUCAGGAUGCAUAUUAUCUUGAGCGAUUCCAGAAUUUAUAAUUUAGCGAGAAUAUGAAUCAUACAGAAUUUCUCUCAACGUAAAUAAAGCAUUUGUUUUUAUUUUUUUUUUUGUAUGUAACAGAUUUCAUGCGUAAUUAACAUUCUAUGAUAUUUCAUCUCAGUUUUAGUUUUCAGUUUAGUAUAUUUCACCCAGACCAACCUAUUAGUACAUCGGUUAAAGUGCAUAAAUAGCAUAUGUAGAUGACUGUAUAUACAUUAUAUAAGAAAUAUACAUUCUGGUAAGAGGUACAUAUAUACAAUAUAAAGACAUGGCGGAAGGUUGAGGGGGAGGAAAGAGUGGGAAAUCAUAGUGAGGAGGACAGACAGCAGCAUAAUUUUUUGGAUAAACAUACCAAGUUUUUUCAGCAUUUUGUCGUUUGUAGUUGACAUUAUUUCUAUGAAUUCAACAACAUUUGGUCUGUGAGAAUAAUAAUUGUUCAGGUAAUUCUUUCGUAAAUAUGCUAGAGUUUUACAUUCUAAGAUAUAUAUGCAAUCCAUCUUUAAUUUUAGUUUAUUUACAUCACCAAACAUUAACUUCUUUAGCAUUAAAGGUAUUUAUAAAAGAGUGCUUCUAAGCCUAAAAAGUA